AUGAACCAGUUAAAAUUCAUCCCUUCUGGUGCCUUUGCAACGCCCAAGCUGCAAGAGUUGCGGCUGUCCAUCAACAAGAUAACUACCAUCCCUUCUGGUGCAUUUGCAAAUGUGCCCAAGCUGCAAAAGUUGCACCUGUACUACAACCAGAUAACUACCAUCCAUUCAGGUGCAUUUGAAAAUCUGCCCCAGCUACAAUCGUUGUGGCUGAACAACAACCAGAUAACUACCAUCCCUUUUGGAGCACUUGCAAAUCUGCCCGGGCUACAAGAGUUGGACCUGGAGAACAACCAGAUAACUACCACCCAUUCUGGUGCAUUUGGAAAUCUGCCCAAGCUACCCAAGCUACAAACCUUGUUACUGCACGACAACCAGAUAACUACCAUCCCUUUUGUAGCACUUGCAAAUCUGCCCGAGUUGCAAUACUUGUACCUGGAUAACAACCAGAUAACUACCACCCAUUCUGUUGCAUUUGGAAAUCUGCCCCAGCUACAAGAGUUGCACCUGCACUACAACCAGUUAGAAUUCAUCCCUUCUGGUGCAUUUGCUAAUCUGCCCAAGCUAGAAACGUUGUGGCUGCACCACAACCAGAUAACUAACAUCCCUUCUGACUUCUGA